AUGCGUUCUACUCUGCUCUUCGCCGCUCUGGCUGUCGGUGCCUGCGCCAAGGUCGUUGAGAAGGAAGUCUACGUGACCGAUUGGACUACUGAGACCGUCACCGAGACCGUCACCCAAUGGCCCACCACCACUGCCAAUUCCGCCAACUUGGUCAAGCAGGACACCGCCGUGGCCGUUGCGGAUACUGCUCCCGCUCCCGUCGUUUCGUCUUCUUCUUCCACCUCGACCUCGACCUCCGCUCUGCCCACCGUCGACCUGACCAAGAAGACCACCGCCGAGCCCGCUCCGGCUGCUGCCACUGAGGUGGAGAAUGCCGCCGCCGCCGCAACCACCUGGUUCUCGACCACCUACUGGUCUAUCCCCGCGGAGCCCGCCGCCACUGAGGCUCCUACCUCCCUGUCUACCUCGACUUCGGCCGCUGCCGCUGCCACCCCCACCAACGCCUACCAAGAGACCAUCCUCUACAACCACAACGUCCACCGCAGCAACCACUCCGCCAGCUCUGUGACCUGGUCCGGCUCUCUCGAGUCCAGCGCUCGCACUCUCGCUGAGCGCUGUGUUUACCAGCACGACACUUCCAUUGCUGGUGGUGGCUACGGUCAGAACAUUGGCUACGGUGUCGGAGAAUCCGCCAUCGGAGAGAUGAUCACCAACCUGAUGUACAACGACGAGAUGAUGUUCUUCGCCGACCUCUACGGCAAGGCCUCCCCCGACAUGUCCAAGUUCGAUGCCUGGGGCCACUUCUCUCAGAUCGUCUGGAAGGGCACUGAGGAAGUCGGUUGUGCUACAGUCGUUUGCCCAUCGCUCGGCAACGCCGGUGGCUCCAACGUGCCUUUCACCGUCUGCAACUACUCUCCCGCCGGUAACUACGACGGCGAGUACGCCGACAAUGUCCUCGCCCCCAAGGGUGCCGCUAUCUACAGCGCAUAA